GUCAACUGGAACAUGUUUUAAAGCUUUGCAAUUCGACUUUCAUAUUGGGAAAAGUACAAUUGCAGAAAUCGUUAGAGAAACUUGUACUAUUAUUUGGACAAUUUUGCAGCCUUUAGAAAUGCCUCAACCCACUACAAAUCAAUGGCUUGAAAUAGCAGAUACAUUCUAUUCAAAGACAAAUUUCCCAAACUGUUUGGGAGCCAUCGACGGUAAGCACAUYAGGUGCAGAAAUCCUCGAAAUUCAGGAUCAUAUUAUUUUAACUAUAAAAAAUAUUUUUCGAUAAUUUUAAUGGCUGUGGUUGAUGCUAACUUGAGUUUUGUGGUAAUUGAUGUCGGAGCUUAUGGAAGAGAAUCGGAUUCAAACGUAUUCAAAGAAUGUCCAUUUGGCAAAAAACUAUAUUCUGGUCAGCUUAAUAUACCAGAACCUGCAUACUUGCCUAAUACCCAAAACGUCGUACAGCCAUAUGUAUUUGUAGCAGACGAGGCAUUUGCACUUCAUAAAAAUUUACUAAGGCCAUACCCAGGACGAGGCCUUACUGACAAACGUCGAAUUUUUAACUACAGGCUCUCUAGAGCUAGACGAACAGUGGAAUGCGCGUUUGGAGUGCUGUCAAACAAAUGGAGGGUGUUGCAUACCCCUUUGUUAGUAGAACCAAAUUUURCAAAUGAAGUUAUCAAAGCAUGCUGUAUAUUACACAAUUUUGUGCGUCAAAGGGAUGGUAUCAAUUUUGACGAUAUGGCAACGAGUCAAUUAGUCGAUGAUUUGGAGGUACGGGGAACAGCACCACGUACACAAGGAUUACARGUCAGAGACUACUUUUCCGAAUAUUUUAUGGGUCCAGGCGCAGUACCAUUUCAGUACUCAUGUAUUUAAGGUUUAUAUUUUAAAUUUAAAAUAAAUAAUUGACAUUAUACAGAUUUUACUCAUUUUAUGAAGAAGCAGAUUACACGUAAUUAUUUAU